AUGAAUGACUCUGGAUAUCAAGGAAGUCCCUUGCGAGCAGCGAUCAAGAUGAGGGAUUUGUCCAUUACUCCUGCAACUGUAACCAUUGACAAGGAAAUAUAUGCUGCUGCAGAAGCAGCUGCAAUGCUUGCAUCGUUAGGUCAUAUUGCAUCUCCACACAAGCAAUCAGCAUCCAAGAUAUUCGAAGCAGACUAUUGUUCCGCAUCAUUACAUCUGAAUCCGUCCAAACCGCAGCAACAGGACUGGAUGGUAGCCGCAGCUAAAGAGUCUUCAGCAAUCACUAGUUAUUCCGUUACAGCUACCACUCCAUCUACGCAAGCUGUCGAUAGUUUGGCUUUAUUGCAUAGAACUGCGUCCACUAAUUCAAUUAAUUUGAAGCACAGUAAUUCUGUAGUAUCUGAUCUUGCCAAGCAGCAUUCACCACAUCUACUUGAUUAUGAGCAAGGUCUAAUGCAAAGCCGUGCCAUGGUAGAACGAACAAACCAAGCACUUCCCUUAUUCGGACAAGCCGAAUCAGAUACCUCCAACUCAACCCAUGCUGUCACAAAAAAAUUGAGUGGGUUGGCAGAUAAGCAGCAAUCUCAGCCUAUAACUUAUGUGUGUACGUUUCCAGCCUGUAAUCGGAUAUUCUACAAACCAUACAAUCUCAAAUCUCAUACUCUGGUUCAUACAGACUACAAUCUCACCUUCACCUACUUUAAACGAGGGCUGUGUGAAUACCCUGCAUAA